AUGGAGAAACCAAAAGAGGAGGAUAUUGAACGAGUGAGAUACUGCCGAAAUUGCAUUGUCAAUGGGGAUGGUCCUUUAUGUGUUUCAUGUGAACUAGAUGGAUUAUUCCAGGAUUAUGAAGCAAGGCUCUUUCGUCUUAACAAAGAACAUGGAGGGAUGAUUACAUCUGCUGAAGAGGCCAUAGAUUUGCAGAAGAGGAACUCUGCACUCAAUCAGUUUGAAGAUGACCCUGAUGUUUAUGGGCUUAAGCCAAUUAAGUAUGUAGGAAUUGAGGUUUCGCAGGUAAAGGGUGGGUCAGUUUACGACAAUGUUUUGAUCUGUGAUGACCCAGAUUAUGCAACACAAGUUGUGGAAGAAGUAUUUGCAAAGAGGGAGAUUGAAAAAGAGGCCUUAGAGGAAGCAGAGAAAGUGAGAAAAGCACGAGAGGAAGAGGAAGCUCAAAGAGCAAGAGAAGAAGGUGAAAGGAGGAGAAGAGAGCGGGGUUAUGAUCGACGGUACAGGGAUAGAUAUAAGGACAGAUACAGAAGGGACCGUCGUGAUUACAUGGAUGAUUACCAUAAAUUUCUACUGAACAAACGUGAAAUGGAGUUGUUGAAGUUAGAAAACAAGGUUAGGUUUAUCCUUGCAGUUGUGAAGGGAGAGAUCAUUGUAAGUAAUAGGAAGAGAGCUGAUCUGUUUGUUGAGUUGCAAACAAAAGGUUUCACUCCUUUUCCAAAGAAAACUAAAGCUGUUGAGCCAGAAGUUGCUGGUGCAACUGAUGAUACAGAAGAAACAGAAGUGAAAUCUCCUGCUGACAGCAGUAGUAAUGGGGUACAGAUAAGUGAUUAUGAGUAUCUACUGGCCAUGGCAAUUGGAAGCUUGACCAUUGAGAAGGUUCAGGAGUUAUGCGCUGAAAGGGAUAAGGUCAAUAAGGAGGUUGAUGAUUUGAGAAAGGAAACUCCAAAGUCCUUUUGGAGGACAGAUCUUGAUGCUUUGGAGGGGCAACUCGAUGAGCUAGAGAGAAGUGAUGUGAGUCAGAGGAGUUAAGAAAGAAAAUGAGAGGCAAAGCAAGGGGUGAAGCUGCUAUGAAGUCUGCUAGACAAGCACCCAAGAACCCACGGAAGAACAAUAAUAAGAAGGCAAAUAAUGCAGAAUCUGUUGCAGAAGCUGUCUCGUCAUCUGUGGCUGCAAUGGAAAUUG